AAGUGUGCGCACGCGUGUGUAAGUGCGAAACGGCCAAGGAGUUAGUGUGCGCGCGUUCUUUCGCUGGUGAUUCGGAGUCAAGAGAAAUUUCUUGCCCUCAGAAUUAUCGUGUACUAUCGGGAGCGUCAAGCAUUGUUGCAAGCAGUGCGCGAGGUACUUCGCGCGACUGUCGCGCGCACACACAAUUCGUGGUGUCGUGGUCGUCGGCACAUGUAGAGGAGAAACGAUCGAGGAGCUGAUUCUCGAACGCCGGUUUUCUCGCAACCGACCGAACUGAGACGUCUUCGUCUCGAUCGAUUCAUCGUUCUUUCAAACGCUCGUUAUUCGCUCCACCAUGGAAGCUCUGAUACCAGUGAUAAAUAAAUUGCAGGACGUGUUCAACACCGUCGGCUCUGACGCAAUACAACUGCCGCAGAUCGUCGUUUUGGGCACGCAGAGUUCUGGAAAAUCAUCCGUGAUAGAGAGCCUAGUGGGUCGUACUUUCUUACCGCGAGGAACUGGUAUUGUCACACGGCGACCAUUAGUAUUACAACUUGUGUACACACCCAAGGAUGAUCGGGAGCACAGAAGCGCGGAGAACGGGACUUUGGAUCUCAGUGAAUGGGGAACGUUUCUGCACACAAAAAACAAGAUAUACAGAAAUUUCGAUGAUAUUCGUACAGAGAUCGAAGCUGAAACUGACAGAAUGGCUGGAGCUAACAAGGGAAUCUGUCCGGAACCGAUUAAUCUCAAAAUAUACUCAGAGUCUGUCGUUAAUUUAACGCUCAUAGACUUACCUGGUAUUACAAAAGUACCAGUAGGUGACCAGCCGGAAGACAUCGAGAGUCAGAUACAUGAGCUUGUACUAAAGUAUAUAUGUAAUCCUAAUUCUAUCAUUUUAGCAGUGGUCACUGCCAACACUGAUAUGGCUACAAGCGAAAGUUUGAAGCUUAGUAAAGAUGUUGAUCCGGAUGGCAGGCGAACACUGGCCGUUGUUACCAAAUUGGAUCUCAUGGAUGCUGGAACCGAUGCCAUAGAUAUUUUGUGCGGUAGAGUAAUCCCAGUCAAAUUGGGAAUUAUAGGCGUUGUUAAUCGUUCUCAACAAGAUAUAAUAAACAAUAAGAGUAUUCAGGAGGCACUGAAGGAUGAGGCUACAUUCUUACAACGUAAAUAUCCGACGUUGGCAAACAGAAAUGGAACUCCUUAUCUGGCAAAGACCCUCAACCGCUUACUUAUGCACCAUAUUAGGGAUUGCUUGCCGGAAUUGAAGACGAGGGUGAAUGUGAUGGUCGCGCAAUUUCAAACGUUACUUAAUUCUUAUGGCGAGGAUGUCGGCGACAAGAGCCAAACUUUGCUGCAAAUCAUCACGAAAUUUGCAAGCAGUUACUGCGCCACGAUAGAGGGCACAGCCAGGAACAUAGAGACCACGGAGCUGUGCGGUGGCGCACGUAUUUGCUACAUAUUUCACGAGACGUUCGGUAAAACCCUCGACUCGAUUCAUCCCUUGGCAGGCCUCACUAAAAUGGACAUACUGACCGCUAUCCGCAAUGCAACCGGUCCUAGGCCAGUCCUCUUUGUGCCAGAAAUCUCCUUCGAGUUACUAGUCAAACGGCAAAUACGGAGAUUGGAGGAGCCCUCGUUACGGUGCGUGGAACUUGUACACGAGGAGAUGCAGAGUAUAAUACAGCACUGCGGCACCGAGGUGCAGCAGGAAAUGCUGCGUUUCCCUAAGCUACACGAGCGUAUCAUCGACGUUGUUACGCAGUUGCUUCGUAGGCGGCUCCCAACUACCAAUGCAAUGGUGGAGAACCUGGUCGCUAUAGAAUUGGCGUACAUCAACACUAAGCAUCCUGAUUUUCACCAAGACGCAGCACUCGUGUCGUCAUUACUAAAGGGUGCUGAUGUCGAGAACUUGAAGCACAACAAACGAUUAACAAGCAGUACUCUAGUCCCAAUAGAAACAAAUGUAAAGUCAAGCAAUAAUCAAGAUGAGAUAAACUCUGUUUCUGAUCAGACUAAGGAGCAAGGACAGCAAAAUCACUGGCUACUAGGUAACUUACUACCGCAUACGAAAGCAGAGUUAGCUGCCUCUACGGACGGUUCUCCUGUUAGAAUGCGUGAAAGCAAUAAUGUCCCGAAUUCUGGCAUUGACUCAAUAUUUGACACACAGAGAACGUCGCCGCAACAGAAAUCGAUAAAUUUACUCCCCGCUGUGCCAAUACAGACAUCCCGAAAACUUAGCGAACGUGAACAACGGGACUGUGAUGUUAUUGAAAGACUCAUAAAAUCAUACUUUUAUAUUGUACGAAAGUCCAUUCAGGACAGUGUACCAAAGGCUGUUAUGCAUUUCCUAGUCAACUACGUGAAAGAUAACUUACAAAGUGAGCUCGUCACGCAUUUAUAUAAGUCGGACCACGCUGAGGCGUUGUUGAAUGAAAGUGAACACAUCGCUGUUAGACGUAAAGAAGCAGCAGACAUGCUUAAGGUACAAAACAUAACUGUAUACAUUUUUUACACAUACUCUUUUUACGUGCGAAUAAUCAACAUCCCGUUAUUGUAAUCCCGCAGGCACUGACUCAAGCUGGUCACAUCAUUAGUGAAAUUAGAGAGACGCAUAUGUGGUAAUCGAAUGCCUAUCCUUACACCAUAGGAUUUUAGUUGAGUAUAGGUAUUACACCUGUGUUUUUAACGAACUAAGUUAAAGGAUGUAAUUUACCAGAUGUAUAUGCCGAGCCGUUCGUGUACAUAACUCGUGUCUUUCAUGCAAGUAAGGUGUCAUAUUGAAGCACAAUGAUAUAUAUUUCAUCACCUAAUUGUAUGAGCAUGAGAGAGGCAUACAGCAUUGUGCAUAAAACGUGCACUUGUGCGACUCAAAUCGUAUUAUUGUUUAAUUCACACGAUGAACGUGACUUAGGCUCAAUUUUCUACUGAUCAUUCUACCAGACGUAGGCGCUCACCAGUAAUCUAUAUUGUAUUGUAUUGAAUUGUAAAACGUUUUUGAACGAUUUUUUUUGCUGUGUUAUGCAUUUUACAUUGUUACGUGCUUCUUCGUCACUUAAUACAUAUUCUUACAUUAUCUCACAUUACAAUUAGAGCUGUUACAAAGACCGUUACUUAUAAAUGAGAAGCUUUGUACCGUGUAUAAUGUUUUGUUUUUGCUAUUUAUACAUUUUCUUCUCCCGAAAUAGAAAAUGGAUCAUUAUUA